CCCCAAACUUGUUAUUCAAUUUCCUGUUGCCGUACAAGCUACCAGUUUCUCCAAAUCCUCCAUGCAAACUACCAUCUUCAUUUCUUGCAUAUAUAUUUUUUCACAUAAACAGUAUACACACUUUCUAAUUCUAUGGCCUUUUCUUCUUUACUCCUCUGCAUCACUAUUCUUAUUCUCUUCUUCACCUUUUCUCAUCAUGUUCCACCAGUGGAUGCAUUCCAAGGUACAUAUGGCGUAAAUUAUGGGAGGAUAGCAGAUAAUAUCCCAAAACCAGAAAGUGUAGUAACUCUUCUAAAGGCAGCAGGGAUAAGGAACAUCAGAAUGUAUGAUGCUGAUCAUGGAGUUCUCAGAGCUUUCAAACACUCUGGAAUUGAGAUUAUCAUAGGCCUCGGUAAUGAAUACUUGAAAAACAUAAGUUUCAGUGAGGACAAUGCCAUGGACUGGGUGAAAGUAAAUGUUGAGCCUUUUCUGCCAGAAACACGUAUAAGAGGAAUAGCUGUUGGAAAUGAGGUGUUGGGAGGGACUACUCCUGAACUCUGGGAGGUCUUGUUGCCUGCGGUGAAGAAUAUUCAUCAUGCCCUUGAUCAGGUUCAUCUGGCCAAGGUUGUUCAGGUUUCUAGUCCACAUUCAGCUGCUGUUUUUGCUACGUCGUUCCCUCCAUCUGCAGGGGCUUUCAAGGAAAGUGUUAUGCCUUAUAUGAAACCGCUCCUGGAGUUCUUCUCUCGUAUUCAUAGCCCUUUUUAUAUAAACACUUACCCUUUUCUGGCCUACAUCAGUGACCCUGAACACAUUGACAUUAACUAUGCUCUUUUCCUUAAGAACCCGGGGAUUUAUGAUGACAAGACUAACUUGCAUUAUGACAACAUGUUUGAGGCUCAGAUAGAUGGAUCUUACGCGGCUCUAGAGAAGGCAGGGUUUGGAAAGACAGAGGUUAUCGUUUCAGAAACUGGUUGGGCUUCUCAUGGAGAUCCAAAUGAAGUAGGAGCUACGGUUCAGAAUGCAAGAACGUAUAAUCUUAAUCUGCGUAAAAAGUUGGCCAAGAAGAAGGGAACGCCUUACAGGCCAAAGACUCCGGUGAAGGCAUAUGUCUUUGCCAUUUUUAAUGAAAAUCUGAAGCCAGGUCCAACCUCGGAGAGAAACUUUGGACUCUUUAAAGCUGAUGGAAGCAUUUCCUAUGAUAUCGGCUUUACAGGACUGAAGCCUUCUUCAGCUUCAUCUCUUCUAUCAUCUUUUAAGAAAACUGGAGUUGAGAAUUGGUUCAGCUCCUUAUUACUUGUUUACUCAACAUGUACCAUGGCAGUGCUUCUGCUCAUAUUGUAAUAACCAACUAGUUUGGUUAUUGAAAUUGUUUAUUUUUCUUUUUUCUUCAGUUUUUUAAAAGUUUAUGUGUAGUAGUAACCUGUUAUAUAGUUGAAUAUAUAGUGUCUAGUACCAUUAAA